AUGUUCCGGUUCUGUGGCCGUCGCUUGGUGGGGCGUACGUUGCCCCUGCUCGCCGAUCAUCACGAGCUACCUGAGGCAUUUGAGUUCAUGGAGCACAAGGUUAUAGACAAGGAUAUCCACUCCGCCUACGAGAAUAUGGAUACACUGCGCCUCACCAUCACCCGCCAGGACGAAUUUCUCUUCAAGGAGGCGCCUGUUAAGUGCGUCACGGUCAUGGGCGUUAACGGCGAGAACGGAGUGUACCCCAGUCACGCGUACAAAAUCACGCAGCUGGCACCGGCGCCACUGACGGUGGAGAUGACGGACGGUACGGUGGAAAAGUUCUUUACAAGCGGCGGUUUUGCCCACAUCAACAACGAAGGUUCCUGUGAUAUUAACUGCGUGGAGUGCAUCCCACUCUCUGAGCUUGAUGUCGAUGCCGCAGAGAAGGCGCUCGCGCAGCAGCAAUCAGCUUUGAGUAGUGCCUAUGACGAGAAGGCGAAGGCGGUCGUUGAGAUUCGCAUCAGCGUGCUCGAGUCGGUCCUUCAGAGCCUCAAGCACAUGUAA